AUGCGGACCUAUUUCUUUGGGCGACGGGCAUGGAUGACGGCAGACAGCUUCGCUCGCUUGUCACUGAGCUGGAGAUGGCAGAUGUUGUGCUUGGUGCUGGCAUGGUGGUCUGUUUCUGCUGCUGUCACCAUCGCAAUGAAACAGACGGUGGGAAAGGAUGGGAGCUACCCGUUUCCGUUUGCUUUGACAGCAAUGACAAACGGCGUUUGCGGCUGGAUGUCGGUCUUGGCAUGCCGUAGCAAACGCACCAAACAUGCGCGUAGGAACGGCUUGCGCGACUGUGCAGAGCUAGUUGGCGUGGGAGUGAUGCAGGGGGUUGAGAUCGGAAUGUCCAACAAAUCCUUGGAGUACCUGUCUGUGUCAACCCGAACAAUCUUGAGCUCCUUGAGUGUCUUUUUCAUGAUGAUGUCUGCGCAGCUGUGGGGUUUGGAGCAGCUCGAUCGUCUUCGUAUAUGCAGCGCUUGCUUUCAGAUUCUCGGUGGGUUGCUCCACGCAGUGGGUGCUUCACAUGACAGUGAACACUCGGCAGGCAUCCAGCGUUACUGGUAUGGAACGCUGCUGCAGCUAGGCACCUUGGUACUGGCGUCACAACGCUGGGCCAUACUUCAGAAUAUAAUGCAGAAGUCUAAGCUUCACCUCGGUAAAAUCGAGCUUGCUGCCUUCAUCAUGCCGGUAACCUCCCUGGUAUGUUUGGUUCUGGCCAUUAUCUUCGAGCGCGAUGCUUUCGACUGGACCUUCAUGCGAGAAGCCGGAUUGCCAUGGACGGUUGCCUUUGUUGCAUGUGGCAUCGGCAUCCUGACAGUCGCCGAGCUUCGCCUGGUUCAUAUUUCCUCGGCUGUUGCGUUGCAGGUUCUGGGAACCUUGCAUCAGAUCCCCUUGGUGAUCGCUGGAAUCGUUUGGUUCCAGGAUCCGGUUGAUGUGCAAAGCGCUUUGGGCUUCGCAUGCUGCAUUUCGGGCGCACUUUGCUAUGCUCGUGCCAAGCAUCUACCUCUGGACAAGCAGGAGCUCAACUGCAACGAUCCUCAAGCUGCAGAGAGGAGUCUUCAGCUUGAUGAGUAG